AAAACCGUUGCUUUAUCUCACAACAAAGCCAAAAACCGCAGAAACAAAACGGAGGAGCUCCGACACAGCCGCUCUGCCCAAACAAAAGUUUGCUCCCACAUCCAAUCAUACCAUUAUAAAUCCGAGAAAACUCAACCAGCCUUGAUUUUUACAAAUUUUAAUCUUUCUGGGAUUCUUUUAAGUUUUCCAAAGAACCAUUUUUUCUCUUCAAGUUCUCUUGCCUUUUCACCUCUCUAUUCCGGACACCUUGCUACUCCUGCCAUUCUUCAAUGGCUUCCCUUCUUUGGCUUCUCUGCUAACGUCUCCUCCAUCCAUCCCCUUUCCCAGUGAAAAUUUAACCAUGGAUGAGAAUGGUAAUGUGAAGCUGUCUGGAAUCCGGCAGAUUGUGAGGCUGAAGGAAAUCCUUCAGAAGUGGCAAACUGUCACCCUAGGUCCGAAACCAGACGUCCCCCAGACAAACUGUCCUCGUGGGAGCAUCUCACCGGUUAUUAACAAAAGGCUGGCCAAUGUUAUGAACUGUGAUUCCGAUGAGGAUGGCUGUCACAGUCCGGAACCACCACCUGAUGUGCCCAAAGGGUAUUUGGCUGUUUAUGUUGGGCCAGAGCUUCGGAGGUUUAUCAUUCCUACAAGCUAUCUUGGCCACUAUCUCUUCAAGCGUUUGCUGGAAAAGGCUGAGGAAGAGUUCGGGUUUGAUAACACAGGUGCACUCACAAUCCCUUGUGAGAUUGAGACCUUUAAGUAUCUCCUGAAGUGCAUGGAGAACCAACAGAAGGACCACCCUGCUGGCAGCCCUGUUUCUGAAGAGGUCCAUGGUUGAUUUAUGUUGCAACUAGCAGAUGCCUACCAUAUACACACAUUUUGAUCUUUUAGCUAGUCAAACCAUUUUUCUCUUAUUUUAUUAUUAUUAUUUUUUUUUUUGGUGAUUUUGCAGCUGAAGAUUCGUUAACCAUUGCGGAGUAGGUAAACAAUACUGGUGAAGAUAAUCUAGGGCUGAUCUGGUGAAGCAAGAUCUCCUUACCAUGCAGAUAUUUUCCAUUUCUUUACCCCCUUCCCCCCACUUUGUUAAUUGACAAGUAAUAGGAAAAUUUUAGUUAGAAAAAUUUCAAGAUGUAUUGGCAUUAGUAGAAAGUAAUUGUGCAAGCUUCCCUGUUGUUACUGGAACAUGUCCUACAUCUGAUUUCUGAUUGAAUAGAUAACAAGUUUACAU